AUGGCAGACGUGCUCAGCGUCCUGCGACAGUACACCAUCCAGAAGAAGGAGAUCCUGGUGCAGGAGGACAAAGUCAUCUUUGGGCGCGAGUUCUCCUGGCCCAAGACCGUGAAGACCAACUAUGUGGUGUGGGGGACAGGAACGCAAGGCCGACCCAGGGAGCACUACACGCUGGAGUGUCUCUUAUUUCUCCUGAACAACGCGCACCUUUCCCAUCCCGUGUAUGUCCGCCUCGCAGUCAACCAGAAUAUCCCCGCGGUGAGAAGGCCCGACCGAAAAGACCUGCUGGCCUAUCUCAGUGGCGAAGCAUCCACGACUGCAAGUAUCGACCGCAGCGCCCCUGCCCAGCUCGGGCUGCAGCCUGGAUCCAGCCCAGGGAAGCGAGCUGCAGACCCCGUGUCCCCAGCAGCCAAGAGGCCCCGCAUCGAGGAUGAGGAGCGCCUGCGCCUGGACAAAGAGAGGUGGGCCGCCCGCCUGCAGGGCCCCAGGGAACGCACUGUGCGGCCUGACGUGCUCAGGCCGCUGUCUGACACCAUGUCCGUGGAGAAAAUUGCUGCCAUCAAGGUCAAAAUCAUGGCGAAGAAAAGAUCCACCAUCAAGACGGACCUAGGUGGCCCCUUGGCCGCCGGCAAAGGCAGGAGCUUUGUGGACGCGGAGGCGGAUGUGACCCGGGACAUUGUCAGCAGAGAGAGAGUGGGCAGGACCCGGAACACCAUCCUACAGAGCACGGGCAAGACCUUUGCCGACGACAUUUUUGCAAUUCUCAGGUCUGUGGAAGCCAGGGAGGCGGGCCGACAGGCUCCACAGCGACCCGCCCCAAAGGCAGCACCUGCGGCUCCCACGUUGCCUACCAAGCAGCCGCCCCCAGCUGCCUACAACAGGUAUGUCCAGGAACGAUUCAAAGCCAAAGAAGACACGGAAGGCUUCCAAAUUGACACGAUGGGCACCUACCACGGGAUGACGCUGGAGUCUGUGAAAGAAGGGGCGGCACAGCCAGUACCCAGACCCGUUUCCCAAGCCACACCGCGCCCCCAGCACAAGAAUGGCUCUCGGACCCCCAUCAUCAUCAUCCCUGCCGCCCCCACCUCCUUGAUAACCAUGCUCAACGCAAAGGACCUUCUGCAGGACCUGACCUUUGUCCCCUCAGAGGAGAAGAAGAAGCAGGGCUGCCGACGACAAAGUGAAACUCUGAUCCAGAGAAGAAGAGACCGCGUGCAGCAGCCGAGGGGCGCCGAGCUCAGCCUCACGGUGCCCUACAAAGUGGUGGACCAGCCCCUGAAGCUCACGCCUCAGGACUGGGACCGGGUGGUGGCCGUCUUCGUGCACGGUCCUGCCUGGCAGUUCAAAGGCUGGCCGGGCCUUCUGCCUGAUGGAUCCCCGGUUGACAUCUUUGCCAAAAUUAAAGCCUUCCACCUCAAAUAUGAUCAAGUUCCUCUCGACCCCAACGUGCAGAAGUGGGACGUCAAGGUGUUAGAGCUCAGCUACUACAAACGCCACUCCGACAGACCGCUUUUCUUAAGCUUCUGGCAAACGCUGGAUAGCUACAUGGUGAGGCAUAAAUCCCACCUGAGAUUCUGA